AUGGUUUCAAUUCUGAGGUUUCGAAAGCUAUGCUAUGUGGAGCCAAUGAAGUGCUCCUCCCUUGGUUUUCAACCCUUUGAAUCCAACAAGAAGGAUGAGAGUGUUGUUACAAAUGAAGUGGAAAAGAAGAGGGAAAUGAAGCAGAAGAAGAGGCAGUACAAGAAGUGGAGGUGCAUUGAUUCCUGCUUUUGGAUGAUUGGUUACAUAUGCACCACUUGGUGGCUUCUCUCUUUAUUGUAUAGCUUUUUGCCUGUUAGGUUACUUGGCUGUAAGGCACCACUGUCACCUGGGGUGAGGCUAGGCGAUGAAGGAGUCACUGCACUUCAUCCUGUUGUUCUUGUACCUGGAAUUGUAACUGGCGGUUUGGAACUGUGGGAAGGGAGGCCUUGUGCUGAAGGCCUUUUCAGAAAGCGGUUGUGGGGUGGUAGUUUUGCUCAAAUCCUCAAAAGGCCUUUGUGCUGGUUAGAGCAUCUUUCUUUGCAUGAGGAGACUGGGCUGGACCCACCAGGCAUUAGAGUCAGGGCAGUACCUGAGCUAGUUGCUGCUGACAAUUUUGCUUCUGGUUAUCUUGUUUGGGCAGUUCUUAUUGAAAAUUUGGCAAGAAUUGGUUAUGAAGGGAAGAACUUGUACAUGGCUGCCUAUGAUUGGAGACUUUCUUUCCAGAAUACUGAGAUUCGAGAUCAAGCUCUUAGUCGAUUGAAGAGUAAUAUUGAGCUGAUGUUUGUAACAAAUGGCUAUAAGAAAGUGGUAGUGGUGCCACAAUCCAUGGGGGCUAUUUAUUUCCUCCAUUUCCUAAAAUGGGUUGAGACACCUCCUCCCAUGGGAGGCGGUGGAGGUCCAGGUUGGUGUGACAAGCACAUCAAAACAAUCAUGAACAUUAGCCCUGCAUUUCUUGGUGUUCCAGAGGCAGUUAGCAAUAUGUUUUUAACUGAAGCCAAUGAUGCUACUUUUGUCAGAACUGUGGCUUCUGGCAUUUUAAAGUUGUAUUACCUUGGUCGUCAAACACUUGAGCAUGUCAUGCAGAUGUGUAGAACUUGGGAUUCAAUCAUCUCAUUGAUGCCAAAAGGUGGUAAAACCAUCUGGGGCGACUUAGGUUGGUGUUCUGAAGAUCUGAAUAGCUGUGAUCAGGUAGAGGACAGAUAUGAGAAGCACUUAGCAAGUGACAAUACUUUUAACAGCAAUGGUAAGCAAAAUGAUCUCCAUGUAAAAGAACCUGAGAAUUGUGGAAGAUUAAUCUCUUUUGGCAAGGCAGACUCACAGUUACUUGCUUCACCUCUCACUACACUUGAUUCUGAGCAGGAAAUUUCGUGCAAAAGUAAGUCUGCCACUUUUAACUUAUCAUGUGAAGAUGUAUGCACUGAAUAUGAUGAGAUGAGCAGAGAAAGCAUCCAAAAACUUGCUAAAAAAAAGGCUUAUGCAACAACUGUUUUUGAUCUACUUAAUUUUGUGGCUCCAAAACUGAAACGUGCUGAGGCUCACUUCUCUCACGGGAUAGCAGAGAAUUUAGAUGAUCCUAAAUAUGCUUAUUACAAAUACUGGUCUAAUCCACUUGAGACCAAACUACCUGAUGCUCCGGGUAUGGAGAUAUACUGUCUAUAUGGUGUUGGAAUUCCUACUGAAAGAUCACAUGCAUACAAAUUGUUCCCUUCUGACAAGUUCAAGAAUAUUCCCUUUCAAAUUGAUAGUUCAGCAUAUGGAGAAGAGGGAAGUUGGUUACAAAAUGGUGUUUAUUUUGAAGAUGGAGAUGAGAGUGUGCCCGUCGUAAGUUCAGGUUUCAUGUGUGCCAAAGGAUGGCGUGGAAGAACACGGUUCAAUCCAUCUGGCAUGGCCACAUAUAUAAGAGAAUAUAAGCACAAACAACCAAGUAGUCUUCUUGAUGGUAAAGGCCUAGAGAGUGGAGCAAGUUCCAACAUUAUGGGAAAUGUUGCCUUGAUUGAAGAUGUUUUACGAGUUGCUGCUGGAGCCACAGGUGCAGAUAUCGGAGGUGAUAGAAUAUUUUCAGAUAUCAUGUGGAUGUCUAAGAGGAUAAAUCUCAAACUAUGA